AUAGGACACUGCUUUGUUCAACAGUAGGGGAGGAGGGAGGGAGGCUUUGCCUGAAUCGGUGAACACAAUCUGCCAGGGCGGGCAAACCCGUCGUUAUCUCUGUCACGCUGUGUUAGCAACGUCUCUGUCACAUAUCUGUCUUUCCUGGACUCCUCGGACUUGUGAGCAGGGAUGUCAAAGCGAGUCCGGAGCAGAGAGGUCUGCGCGGACUGCAGCGCUGCGGAGCCACGUUGGGCCUCUGUUAACAGGGGGGUGUUGGUAUGCGAUGAGUGCUGCAGCAUCCACCGAGGUCUGGGGCGACACAGCUCUCAGGUCCGACAUCUGACCCAUUCUCCGUGGCCACCCUCCCAGUUACAGAUGGUUCAGACACUUUAUGGCAAUGGCGCUAAUUCCAUAUGGGAGCACAGCCUUCUGGACCCUUCUUCUUCUUCACUGAGUGGGAAACGCAAAGCCAACCCCCAGGACAGAGUUCAUCCCAACAAGACAGAGUUCAUCAAAGCCAAAUAUCAGAUGUUGGUGUAUGUCCAUCGGAUGCCGUGUCGGGAGGAUGACAGUGUUACUGCAAAGGACCUCAGCAAGCAACUCCACUCCAGUGUUCGGACUGGAAACCUGGAGACCUGCCUAAGACUCUUAUCUUUGGGAGCACAGGCCAACUUCUUCCAUCCAGAGAAAGGAAACACUCCUCUGCACAUAGCAGCAAAAGCAGGGCAAGUGUUGCAAGCAGAACUGUUGGCAGUUUAUGGAGCUGAUCCCGGAGCUCUGGACUCCAGUGGAAAGACCCCUAUCGAUUAUGCAAGACAAGCUGGGCAUCAGGAUCUGGCAGAGAGGCUAGUGGAGAUCCAGUAUGAGCUCACUGACCGCUUAACAUUUUACCUUUGUGGACGAAGACCAGAUCACAGAAAUGGACAACACUUCAUCAUUCCUCAGAUGGCAGACAGCAGCCUGGAUUUGUCAGAGUUUGCAAAAGCUGCCAAGAAGAAGCUCCAGUCGCUAAGUAACCAUCAAUUUGAAGAACUUGCCAUGGAUGUUUACGAUGAAGUUGACAGAAGAGAAACCGAUGCAGUGUGGUUGGCCACUCAGAACCACAGCACUCUUGUAACAGACACCACAGUUGUGCCUUUUCUGCCCGUCAAUCCAGAGUACUCUUCUACCAGAAACCAGGGUCGUCAGAAAUUGGCAAGAUUUAGUGCUCAUGAAUUUGCCACCCUGGUUAUUGAUAUUCUCACUGAUGCUAAACGACGGCAGUGGGGUAAUUCCUGCGACAGUCCCAAAGAGAGUGUGGAGCUGAUCCUUCAGGGAAUAGACAGUCGCCAUAACAGUGAUAGCCAGGACAAUGACCAGCCCGACUACGACAGCGUGGCAUCAGAUGAAGAACCAGCGCAAGAGGCCACCUGUGGAGACAGCUGCAAUGAUGGAAGGACCAAGAGCUCAGAGUCAUCUGAUCUCUCUGAUGGACCAAUCACAGUACAGGAAUUCAUGGAGGUGAAGAGUGCCCUCACUGCAUCAGAAGCCAAAAUACAACAGCUUCUCAAAGUCAACUGUCACCUCAGUGAAGAGCUGCGUAGCAUGCAGGGCCAGCUGAACUCCCUGCAGACUGAAAACACAACGCUGCGAUGGCAACCCCCCAGCGGACAACAACCCCUCCAGGGGCCCUUUGGUCGACACCCACCCCGCGGAGGUCGAGCCAUGUCCAUGUAUGAGACGGGCUCUUCCCCGAGGCAGCACCCCCACCGAGUCGAAGCGGCUCGGCAAGAUGACGGAGUCGUUUUACAACCCUUCCCAACCAAUAUUGGGAGGGGUCCUUUGGGGACGGCUGCUUCCUCCCUCCCUACCUUCCCCUCUUCCCUGUCCUGGUCAUGGGAUGAGCGAUCUCGAAGGGGCUGCAGUCUGGAAGGACGGAGCAUGAUGCUGGAGAGUGAUUACGACACUUCGCCAAACCACUCUGAACUGGAGGAGGCUGGCAGCCCUCUUCCAGCCUCUGAAGCAGUGCAGCCGGGGGAGGAGGGGGAGGAAGAUGCCACCCUGCCAUGCACAGAGGACGUCAUCUGUAAGACGGAGCAGAUCACUAAGAACAUACAGGAGCUCCUGAGAGCUGCCCAGGAGACCAAGCAUGAAAGCUUCCUGCCUUGUUCAGAAAAGAUAUGCAUGGCUGUGACAGAGAUGGCCGCCCUGUUCCCUAAGAGGCCGUCCUCGGAGAUGGUGCGAGGGUCUCUGUGUCUGCUCACUUCGAGUGCCAGCCGGCUCCAUGGAGAGUGCCAGAAGGCUGCGGAGCACAACCCCAGCGCGUCGGACAUCCAGCUGGUCACUCAGCAGGUCAUCCAGUGCGCCUAUGACAUUGCCAAAGCUGCCAAGCAACUUGUCACUGUGACAACCAAAGAAAACAACAACUAACUAAAACGUAAAGACAAUCCUGAUACACCCAAAAUAGUUUGGCAAGUAAGUUGCUCAUUUCAAUUUAAUCAGUGUUAACACCAUUUUCUCCCCCAUAUGAAUCCGUGUAAGCAUUCAGAUACAUUCCUGGAAAAAAAAGAUGCGACAUACUUGCAGAUUAUUAAAAUAAUUAUUUAUUCAUCUUUUUUUAAUCAUGAUAAUACAGAUAAAACAAACAUCUUAAAGCCAUAUGACAGAAUGUUACUAUUACUUACCUUACAAAAAACAACGGUUCACAAAUCCAGUGUGUAUCGAAAAAUUAGAACAGCAAGCAAUUGAGCCUUCUCGUUGUACUUUUCCACGUAGACGUCGUCAUUUGAGCUCCUUGAGGUCUCUGGCAAGCCAGACGGGACAAAAGCUGCGAGACACCUGGCAUCGAGGGUCAUAAUAGAUUAACCUUUAUCUACACCAGUGUCAUCCAUUUAUUUUCCUUUAGACAUUUAAAAUGUAUUUAAAAUGCAAUGACAGUAUUUUAAUCUUGAACCAUAGUUAUGCCACUUGCUUAGAGUUCACAUGUUUGUUUAAUGAGCAAACUGGUUCUAAAAGUCUCUUCAGUGCAUUGAGCACCUUCUUUCCAUCCAGCAGGUGAUUUCACUGUUCUGUCAAGUAUCGGUAGUUUCUGGAGUUCUAAUGUUACAGCCAUACUUCUGAUAGUGUGUGUGUGUGUGUGUGUGGGGGGGGGGUGUGCGUGUGUAUAUGUGUGUGUGUGUGUGUGGAGGCGCAGUUGUCACAGAGAUGGCCCGUGUGAAAUACAUUUUGAAUCAAUUUUAAAAUCAUUAUGCAAAUAUAUAAGAUGUAUGUAUCCAUAUAAUUCUUUACCAAAAUAACCCAAAUGCUAUUCUAUUUAUAAACUGUAUGUCAUACCUCUAAGAAAAUAUCAAUGUUUAUUUUCAUAAACCUUUGUUUAACAUGAUGCUCCUCACAGAUUAACUUUUCCUCUGAGGUUUGGGACGUCUCAGCUGGCAGUAAAUUCUGGGCAACUUGUGAUCUGUGUUUAUUUGGUGCGGUGCUGUAACUCAGUGUGUUAGAUGCUACCUGUGAUCACGUACGUACAGCUGUGGUUUACAUUCGCUGAUUAAGUAAAUGUGCCCUCAAAGCGUGAGUACCUGUUGUACAACUCAGCUCUCAUGUGUCACCUGUUGUUGUUGUUGGUGUUGUUGUUAGCCAGAUACAUUUCAACCAGGGGUGGAAAGAGAACCAGUAAAGUUAAUUCUCUAAGUAAUUGCUCAAGUAAAAAUUAAAUACGCUUUCUCAGAAGGCUGUCGAGGCAAUCAGCACAGUACAUCAAUUAAAAAGUCCUCAAAUCCUCUUCAGUACAGAUUAUUACACCGUCAUUGUCUUCUGGAAAUGUUAAGUCUAAAAGUGUUUUCGUGUGACCGUCAAAGUCCACUCACAAGCUUGUUUAAUGACUAUUAAGCUACAUUGUACAGUUUGCUUUUGUUUUGUAUGUUUUUUUAAAACUUCUUUUGUUCAACUUGUUCCAUUUUUUCUUUUUCUUUUGAUUGGCCUGAUCAGAGAACUAUGAAGACUGUUUUGGGAUUAGCCACCAAUUACUUUCAUUUGACUUGUUUUGCACUGAUGUACUUUUUGCAAACUAUGUAACCUUUCAGUAACUCUGUAUUGUAUUAUACUUUAACAUCCAUCUAACGUGUGUUACCAUUGGCCACCAGAAGUGCUCAUACCAGACCAAGAAAGGCUGCUUUUGGAUAACUUCUGGCUGAAAUGGAUCAAGCAAUGUGCAUGUUAUUGCUUAGGAGUUGAGCCUUUUUUACUUGGAAGAAGAAGAAUGCGUUAUUUAUUAUUUCUUGCUUUUUAAAUGUUUAUUUCAAAGCAGACAUGAUGAUUUGGCCAUCGUUAAGUAACCAACAACACGACAUAACAAUUCCUUCCAAAGGAAAGCCAAGUGAGCCAGCGUAGUAUUCGGUUACUUUCCACCUCUGGGUUCAAGCCGGACAUUGAAAUAUUCCCUGUAACGUAAAGCCUCCCGCUGCCUCUGUGGGCGACAACAAUCCCUGCCUUAGGUUUAAUAAAGUAUAAAGCAUACCUCAA